AUGGAAGCGACAACGGGAGCCGCACACUUGACCAGUCAAUCUCACGACUUGCAAAUCCCCGCUGACCUUGCUUCGGCUCGCCUUGACAAUAUGAAACAAACGGCAGGCGACUUGGAGAUUCCUCGACCCGGAGAAAAACUGAAACCGACGACUGUGAACCAGCACAAUCUUGACUCGAAGGGGACUUUUUCUUCUCCAACUUCGUCUCCCGAGGACUGUCCAAGUAGUCCAGGGACAGUCUCGGUUUCCUCAACCGAGGCAUAUGGUAGAAGUCAUGAGCUUUCAAUCGACGCGAAAUCAGCCCAAAGGUCUCCGGAGAAAACUUCUCAAAUCGUCAGGAAGAUCAAUUCUAUAUACCGCGAGCUUUCGAGCAGCGUCGAGAGACCGCAGGCUCAACUGCCAGAAAAAAGUUAUUGGGAGCGACUGACGACCUUGCUGGAUCAAGCCAAGGAGUACUUCCCAUUUGGCCCCCGGGGCACUGUAACGCAGUUUGAUGCAGAUGAUGAAAUACAGCUCAACAAAUGGCUCCUGCGUGUCAAACCCCGACUAACCCGUGAAGAAGCUAGAGUUCUGGACGGAUAUUACCAAGCCUUCUCAGCAUCCAGCAAGAAACCCACCGCGAUGGUUAAAUUCGAUCCGGACACGUUCAAUUUUCUUGCGCAGUGGGAGGAAAAGAAUUCCAACUUCUUCACUCGUUCAAUCUUCCUUGAUUUUUUCGAACAAAGAUUGUCUAAGGGUGAGCUCUUGAGGAGGAAGGGUGUGCUCCAGUUACAACAGGAGCACUUUCGGAUUGUUACGGGAUGGAAAGAAGCGGAGGUGCAUAUCCACCAAUCUUAUCGUAUUCCCCUGGAUGCUGUUCAAGAAUUCGGAAAGAUGCUCGGAGGAAACAAAAUUUUCCCUGCUUUCGGUGAUUUGAACUUCAAGGAGGCUUUGGAUCGAAUCAAAAUUCUGCAGGCCAAAUAUCCCGCCCUACCGGCAGCUUGGAAAGCAUAUUUAAAUCCGGAGGAGAAGAGCGCACAACUUGCGGAUGAGGACGACGCACAACUUCCGGAGGAGUACAAAGAGCGACUCAAGUUACUGAGAACUUUGUCAAAGAUGAAGAAUCCUGGCAAGAUCCCUCCCGAAACCAUUUCUGCAUGGAGAGCUCAAGGACUGGACGUAAAUAGAAUGCUGAAGAUUGUCGACUACAGCCUAGAAAGGAUCAAAAUGGUCGGUGAAGGACAACAUGCGGAUCCACAACUCGACACCCUCGAUAAUUAUCAAUCCGCCAGGAGGCGGUUUCUUGCCAAAAACGCGCACGGUACAAACUGGCUCGAAAGUCUUGAGCACGAUCAACUAUUGCCGACGUCUGAAGACCUGAAACUCAAGUACCUCGACCUAUGCCAAGAAUUCCGAACCACUCCGCCUUCCCACACCCAGCCAACUCCGCCGAAAAUUCCAGAAAUUACAAUUCCCGGCCAAACACCGCGAGCACGUUCGCCACGUGUGAGAUCCAAGUUUUACGCAGCCUUGUUUCGCCGGAUUCCACGAAUUUUCAAAGCCUUUCUUCACAAAUUGACCAAAUCAGUUGGACGUGUGCGCUUCUUUUAA